UUUCCGAAUGCAGUCAGCUGACAUCAAUCACGUGAAAAGUGGCCGUCUGCUGCAGUUUCUCUCUCGAUUUUUACGCAAAUUCACUUGAAUUUAGCCCAUUUGAGUCCUCUGGGUUCUUCCUGUGUGGUGCAAAAUCUUCCAGGGUCGCUCGCGGAAAAUCGAUAAGCAACUGUCAAAAGUUCUUUGGAUUCUCUGAUAAAAAGGGAGUUUUUGGAGGAGACAAGGAUGCAGUACGUUCUGGGGAAGACAUUUGUGGGGCUCCUGGUGGGAGUGUCCACGGUGCUGAUUAUGUACCAUCUGCUGACGGGAAAGGGUGAGCGAGUGAGUGUAGGCUGGUUCCUGGAGGAGACUUCACCCUUUAUGUGGGCAUCCAUUGGAAUUGCCCUGUCCGUGGCUCUGUCCGUUGUCGGAGCUGCCUUGGGUAUCCACACUACCGGAGUGUCCAUUGUUGGUGGUGGAGUCAAAGCGCCCCGUAUCAAGACCAAGAACUUGAUCUCAGUUAUCUUCUGCGAAGCUGUGGCCAUUUAUGGACUCAUCACGGCCAUUGUGCUGUCUGGACUCCUCGAGAAUUUCACCAUGAGUGCCGCAAUGACCAAUGAAGCAAUUCACAGCAACAACUGGAUGGCCGGGCAUGUGAUGUUCGGCGCUGGACUCAGUGUAGGCCUCGUGAAUCUCUUCUGUGGCAUUGCUGUAGGAGUCGUGGGAUCCGGAGCCGCCCUGGCAGAUGCUGCCAAUAGCGCCCUUUUCGUUAAAAUCCUCAUCGUGGAGAUCUUCGGGUCAGCUAUUGGUCUGUUUGGACUCAUUGUUGGCAUCUACAUGACGUCCAAGGUACGCAUGGGAGACAAGAUCAUGUAAAGCAUCUUCUCUCCCAUAGAUCAUAUCCCCUCGUCCUUCCGCAAGUAUUAGCUUAAUGUCAUCGGAGGGAUUUCCUGACUUUCCAUGCUGGAAAUUUUGUUUUUCGAUGUUGUGUAUAUAAGAAAGUCAAAUAAAUUUAUUCCAAAAUUUAGUUCGUAGAAGAAAA